AUGCCCACCGCCUUCUCUCAGGAUUUUGUCCAGGCAGAUCGCCUCAUCAGACGCCGUUAUGUUCAGAUCCCUGGGAAGCAGAAAGACCUGUUGGAGAGACCUGAUGCCUGGUCUGAGAACCUCAUCGGUGGACCCCGCGGCAUGAUCAAUGUUCCUCCAGAGGUCCUCCAGGAUGUCAAGGACUUUCACACGCGCAUACAUUCAAAGCCGACACAACGGCCCAGUUCUACCCAUUCAGCUUCUCCAGCUGAAUCAACUGCUAGACUCAGCCAGGACGACAAAGCUGCUGAUGAGGCCACACAAUUAUCUUGGUCUCCGUCUCCGUCUCGUUAUCCGCCUAGUGCUCGCCCGCUUCAACUCUCUGAACAGCAGGAGCUGGAUUCACCAUCCAGAAGUCAGCCGGCCUCCCAGUUGCCAAUAUCUCAGAAGAGGAAGGUACCUCCAGUACCAUUCGACGUCGCCCCUCCAAACAGCACCGCGCAGAGCGAUGCAGUGCCAUAUGAGCCCCUUUCAGCCUUGGGCCAAGAAACACAUCCACCCGUCAAUCGAGGCGCAAAUCGACUUGUAGCGACGCAGUCGACUCCGCCAGCAGCCACGCCUCCAUCCGCUCAGUUGGAAGUCAUCCCAAGCACUUUCAAUGGCCCAAGAGAAGGGGCCAGUGAAAUAGCGCGUCUUGCAUUGAAACGAAGGCGUUUAGGGGACACGAGACUCCCAGACAAAGAAAACGAGACAAUAGUACAAACGCUGCCGUUGUCCAAGGCUGAACCGAGAUCACAGUCCAAGGCGCCUCUCAACGACCAGAAUAGUUCAACCACCAGUGCCUCCACGCCAUCUUUUACUUCACAGGUUGCAUCAGGGCAUCUGCAGCACAGUACUCUUGUCCAGACAGCAUCCGCAUCAGGGUCCAACCAACGGAGUUCUUCCAAUUACGCCCCGACGUACGAAGGACGGCCUCGCGAUACUCCAACACAACAGAAAACGGUCCUUCGACAUCCUGCAAGCGGAUCUUCCAUGGCCCCAGCGCCGGCCCAAUACCCCACAGAUCCAAGUCACUUGAACCUUACCGAACAGCCUCAGACCGAUGUAGGACAUAUCAUUGGCCAUCGUACACCGUACGAAGAGUUCAAGGCGGCAUAUCCGGAUUACGAAGAAAGCCUCAGAGCUUUCAUCAGGGCAUGUCUAUCUGUUGAAAAGUUAGAGUAUGAACGAGCACUCCCAGAGUUUCUAUACGAUGAUUUCGUUCGGGUGUACUCGACACUCUAUAUGGACUACUACGCAGAGGCACAGAACAAGAAUCACAGGGAGGUACUCAAGGCUACCCAGUGGUACAACGAGAAUGUACAGGACAUGGUUUACACCAAAAAGGUCAUCCGAAGAGACAACUUGCCUACCAUCUUGAAGGCACAUGCACCCGCAGUGGAACAAAUCAGAGAAUCCAUUCGCAAAGCCUUCGAGGCACGCCCAUUAACUGACGAUACCGAGUCAAAUGAGGAGAGUGAUGAAGAUAUGGCAGAUGACGGCGACCAAGCCCAGCAACAAGGAGUGGAGGAAGAAAAUUUCGAGCCGGAGAAGGUGACCGAAUCGAGGCAAUCGCCAGAAUUUCACAUUUGUUCCCCGGGGCCAGAGGCAUUCAUACCUAAUGUAGUUGGGAAUGAUGAAAUGGAAGAGGUUCAUGAACCAGUUGUGUCAAUGCCUGCUUCUGUCCGCACGAGGCAGCGUAGCGGAACAGUCGAGGAGGAACACAGGGACGGCUCACGGCAAGACGACAUAGCCGCACCUGAGGUUGGCUCCCACGUGUCUAGGGCCUCCCCAGAGCUCCAUUUCCAGGCGCUGGAAGGUGUCAUGGAUGACGAGGUGCCUUUGAAAGGGGCUGACCGAGAAAUGGAGAGGACAUCUCCCGGAGUGAAGUCCCCGACCCCUCGCCAGACCCGACGAAAAACACCCUCGCCCGCUACUUCCGCUCUGAAGUCAGGAUCCCGUCAAAGCAGACUUGUGGCACCACUUCCAUCAUCAACGCCUUCAAGUGUCUUGGGCAAUGAUGAUCAACCAGCCAAUGACAGAACAAUAUCUCCUCCCCCACAGAGGAAGGCAAAGCUGAGCUCGCCAGCAUUUAGGUCGCAGGCUGAGUCCUCCGAUGACGAAUCAGAUUCAUUCGAUCCGCCCGUCCAGAAAGCAGCGAUGCCACCGCCGAGGUCUUCAAUAAGAGACGCGCCGGCGUUCCUGACACAGGCACAAUCAAUAUAUGAGAUACCAGGCACGCCCGACCGGUUAUCCGAGGAGCCCAUGCCACCACCACUUCCGCAGGCGGUGGCUCGAACUCCUGCAGCCCUUCAGUCUCGCACCAUCUCAGGGCUGACGACAUCCACCGGGGCAGUCAUAGCUUCAAACCCAGAUGAUGCGGGCCAGAAUCCAAUCAUUGAGCGCGGGAGGGUCCAUUCCCGGGGAACUAUCAGAUCAAGCCUGGCAGCGAGACACAGUCCAGCAUCAUCGGAUAGGUCACGCGCCAGCGUACUUUUCAAAAAGCGAGCGGGCGAGACGAAAGAGGAGCGGAGCAAAAGGCUCAAAGAGCACAUCAGAAAGAGGCUGUCGGGGAAGACGCCUAGCUCGACUCCAGCAAGCACAAAGUAG